AUGGUGUUUACCAUAACAGUUGUACAAUCUGACGUUCAACCGACUAUAGAUGACACUUUGGACACAAUAGCCCAAAUGAUUCGAAGCUCAAAGAAGAGUGAUUUGUACCUGUUGCCCGAGUGCUUCUCAACAGGUUUUGACUCCGAGCUCACCAAAAUAGCUCACAAAAAUAAUGGGGAGCAAGUCACGACGUGGAUGAAGACAAUAGCGGCUGAAACAAAUAGUGCUCUUGUCGGUUCGAUCUUUGUCGAGGACAACGGAAAGUACUUUAAUCGGAUGUUUUUUGUGGACAAAAGUGGUAUAGUAGGAAAGUACGACAAAGUUCACUUAUUCAAGAUGAUGGACAUCGAGUCGUGUUUGACUGCUGGCAAAGAGAAAGUGAUAGUCGAGUGGCGUGGUGUUCGUUUUCUCUUAAGUAUUUGUUUUGACAUCAAGUUCCCUGUAUUCCUUCGAAACACCAAGUUAGAGUACGAUGUCAUUUUGAACGCCUCAAACACUGGUGACUUCUUUAAUCACACCAUCCCUUUGUUGGCUGGAGGAAGGGCUUGUGAGAACAUGUGUUACUGUGUCAUCUCAAAUCGUGUUGGGAAAGACAAAUUGAUGAACACUUAUCUUGGUAAUUCCGCCGCCUCUAAUUACUGGGCUACCCAAUUAAUAACACCAAGUGCGUUGCCAGAGUGUUUAACGUUCACAAUUAAUUUAGACGAGAAGAAUAAAGUCAUCCAAAAAUUCCCAAUUCAAAAGGAUUUCGAUCGCUUCACUUUAGAAAGCCCAUACAAAGAAGUCUUUUAUAAAAAAGAGGUUGAAGAGUGA